AUGGCAGCUCCAGCAUCAAGGGGGGGCCCCCUAACCCCUGAGGCCUCUGGGGGUCCCCCUUUGGCUGUGGGGCCCAAGGGGGGCCCCCCGGGGGCUCCUGGGGGGCCCCCACUGGAGCCGCUGCCGGUCUUCUCUUCAGGGAAUGCGCAGCUUGAGCAGCGCUUGCUGCAGACGUUUGCUGCACUCAGGCUGCCUAGGGAGUCUUCUGCAGCAGCAGCAGCAGCAGCUGCUGCUGCUGCUGCUGCGGACUCGGCUGCAGUUGCUGCUGGCUCCGCUCUAGAUGAGCAGCAGCAGCAGAAGCAGAGAGCCCACAGAGCAUCGGAGCCGCAAGCUGCUGCGGCCCCCACAGGUGCAGCAGCAGCAGACCAUGCAGCAGCAGCAGCAGCAGCAGCAGGAGGCGCAGGAGAGUCUGCUUCGGCGAAUUCUAGGGGCAGGGGCGGGGCGCCUGAGCAGCAGCAGAGCCGCGGCUCCUUGCCCGCAUCAGCAGCAGCAGCAGCAGCAGCAGCAGAGCCGCGGGCGGCCCCCGGCGCUGCUGCAGCACGGCGAGGGUCUCCUGGCAGCUGGAGCGAAGCCACGGCGACCACGGGGUGUACAGACACCGCGGGGUGUACAGACACCUGGGAAGUCCCGAGGCCCCCCCCCUUCGGGACUUGGAGACUUUAUUCUCUUGCAGAUGUUCCUGAGGAGACAAUGACAGCAGCAGGCAUGCAGCGGGCGCUGCAGCAGCUGCAGCAGCAGCAGCAGCAGCGGCGGCAGCUGCAGCAGCAGCAGCAGGAGCUGCAGCAGCAGCAAAGCGGGUCGUCGGCCGCAGCGCCCGACGCCUCGCCCAGCACACUGGGCAGCAGCAGCGCAGCAGCACCAGCGACAGACGCUGCUGCUGCUGCUGCUGCUGCUGCUGCUGGAGAGGGAGAGCAGCAGGACCCCCGCGUCCGUGUGGGGCCCCGCCGGCGGCCUUGA